GAGCACCAGCAGGCGAUAAACAUUCCUAUCCCUGUAUUCCCCCCUUUCAAGCUUCGGUCUUCAUUAAUUGAUAAAGACCCGGUCAUCUGGGAGUAUCUUUUGGCAGACUAUAUCACGUUGUUUAAGAAGCUACUAGCGUUGACAUUGUAUCACAGCAAACAGAAGAGCACCCAAGUUUUAGCGGCUCCAUAUGUUCUUUCCGUAAACACAGUCAACCAACUCCAUACUUUUUUGCAAUCAUUUCUUCGGGAGUCAUCCUUGGAAUCUACGCAGGUCUUCUCCCUUGGGGCAAUCAAUCCUAACAUCAGAGAAAACCAGCACGUUUUGAAAUUGGCCGUAUUCUCAUACAUCAAAGCAACGAAUUUGGUGAACCUAAAGAUCACAGGAGCUUCCAUAUGGGAGUUUUGCAAGGUCUAUGUCACCAUGGCAGAUAAGUACACCAGCCAAAAAAUCAACCAAACACUGGUGACCAUCCCUGUAAUAAGGAAACUAGUGGAGGGAUCUAUGAAAUCGGUGUAUACAUCUAAAAGCGACGAUGUGAGUCUGAUACGCUCUUUACAAGACUACGUUGGGAAACUCAUUGCCAGUGGGAAAUGGAAACAAGAUGAUUCCGAGGUGCUGUAUCUUCUUCUCGGACAGCGUACCAAGAAGGGUGUUACAGUGGGUUCUAAUGAUGACAGAAAUAAUAGGAGGAAUACGAAAAAUGUGAGGCUUUCAUCAACGUCGAAAAAUGGUAAGACAACGGUUAGCUCAGAGUUUGCCGAAACUUUUGUGAACAAGCAUUGGACUGAAAUCUUAGAAGAGCUCUACGUUGGUGGUACCGGUGUGAACUCCAAAACCUGUGUCCAAAUCAUGGUGUUGAGCUUGUGCUCUUUGCCUAGCUCGAAAAUUUUGAAGCUUUUGAAGGAGAAGCUCGAGAUUGAUGGUCUGGUACGACUGAAACAGUUCCACCCGUUGAUCUCAUGUGUUGUGCUUUCGAAAAAAUUCAACGAGAUGAAUCCAGAUUUGAAAGACAUACUAGCGCCAAUCCUGCUACCGCAACGGAAGAAGAAAGCAGGUCAGAGCAGCAUGGCCAAGGUUUUCGAUGAGGCGAAAAUACGUAAUGUGAGAGACAUGUUCCCACAGCUGACUUCUGGGCAAGCAAAGACAUUGCUACAUCGCAGCAAUGACGAUGUGGAGCGUGCAAUCAACCAUGUGCUAGAGAUGGAUGUCGACGACAUCAACACGAUCGAAGACUAUGACGAGAAGAAGAAAGAAACCAAAGAAAAAGACUCCAAGCCGAAGGGUAAGAAAGCUUCGGGGCCGAAGAAUGUGUUUGAUUUCCAGAUGGACAAGGACAAGGUUGUCACCGUCCAGAUGGGGAAGAAAGAAGUCAGCGACACCAUUGACGACGCUGGUGAGGAGUUGCGGAAGAAGAACCUCGAGCGGGCGCUUGCAAUGCUAUACGAAGCAGACGAAGACGAGCCGGACGACACCUACGUGGAGAACGAGGCAAACGCCGUGCCUAGUCUCGACUACAACGAGGACGGCGGGGAUGGCGCCGUGGUCGGCAACAAGGGUGCCAGUAAGGACAAGGGUGUUAACACCAGGCUCGACAAGCAGCUACUGGACAUUGAGGCCAGGUUGUUUGCAAUAUACUCCUCUUCCCCGGAGCGGUUGGGUAGAGGGGACAGAAACACCCCGUACAGACACCAGUUGCGACGGGAAACGGGCUGGACCGACGAGCAGAUCGAGGGCUGGGCACGUAUUCUCCAAAAGAGUCCAAGCAGGUUCCGCAUGCUGGAGGAGAGACUCGUCUUUGUCGACGGGUCGUUGAACACGUCCGGGAAGAAG